AUGCCCCGUGGCCGCACCCGACCACUUGCCCAGAGCUCUGGGGGCUCCUCUGUCUCUCAACAACCUGGGGAAAACGAACCCAAAGAAGUCGAAUUUUCCCCCUUAACCGAUCAGCAGGAGUUAGAAAAGGCCCAGAGAAUUGCAGCAAAUUCAGUCAGUGAAAGCUACAAAUCGUAUGAAACCCCUGAGCUUUCAAAACAAAAAGACAAGUCUGGCCGGUUCAUGAUUGCUUAUCCCUGCAAAAUGUGUGGCACAAAGAUCAGCCGACCAACAUCCGACUCAUCCUGUAGCAACCUAUUGAAACAUGCAUCAAAUUGCUUGCGCAAGCAACAAGAAAACAAAAAAAACCAAUCGUUGGCUGCACUCGGGAUCACAGGGACAGGAGACAUUGAUCCAAAAGAAGUUCCACAGCUAUGUGCUGUAUGGUGCGCAGAAGCGGCUCGGCCCUUUUCCGCACUUGCUGACCAUAGCCAUAAAUCUCUGCUCCACCCGGUUGUUCUCAAGAAUUUACCCACAAGCAAAGCGGUGUCAAAAGACAUCCACUUACUUUACUCCGCUAUCCAAGGGGAAUACAGGUCUGUUUUACAGGCACACAAAGGUGCGUUAUACCUUGGUGUUGAUGCUUGGCAGUCCCCAAACGGUUUCGAUAUCCUGGGGGUGGUAAUUUACCGAUUAAAAGUCAUAGAAGAGACUGGCGAUUUUGAACUCGAGUCUAUGCCGCUUGACUUUGUCCAACUUUUGCAAAGGCACACCGGCGACUACUUGGCGCAUGUUGUCCGAUUGGUGGUCGAAAAGUUUGGGAUUCAAGAUCGUAUCUGUGGAAUUGUAAGCGAUAAUGCAUCAAACAAUGAAGUGAUGAUUAAAGAGCUCAAGAGGCUCAAGUGGCCCCGCUUCCAGGGUGAGACCCAUUGGAUACGAUGUUUUUCUCACAUCCUGAACUUGAUAGCCCAGGGAAUCCUGCGACCUUUCGGCACUCAGAAGAAGAGGGGCACCGGAAAUGAUCGGUCUACAUCUAUUGACGAUGAGGAAACUAGCUUGGAGGAAGACAAUCCUGAUGCCCAAAUCAAACUGCUCUCCCCUGACGAAGAUGUCAUCUCACAUCACGAUGAUGAUUCAAGUGAGGGUCAUUCGACUGAUGACGAAGUCAUUGACGAUUCAGAAUCACUCAACGAGUCGGAUAUUGAAAAUGGUAGUGAAGAAGAUGAAGGUGAUCGCUACACAAGUGAAUUGUGCAAACACACUUUGGGCAAAUUUCGUCUGAUUGCAAAGAAAUUAAGAUACUCUCCCAACUCCAAAGCUGAAUUCAUUGAGUUAUGCCGGGAGAAAGGGUGCCAGACUCCACAUAGCAUUGAAAGAGAUGUUCGUACGCGUUGGAAUUCGACAAAUGCUCAGCUCAAGAGCAUAAUAAGGUGUAAACCCGCAAUUCUUGAAUGGCAGAGACUUAAACGGUAUGGUCUUGACCGUAAGCAUUACGUAGACGAGUCAGACUUUGACUUGGCACGAGAUUUGGUGGACAUCCUCAACUUGUUCCAUGAGGUAACAUUACAAGUAUCGACUGCAGGCUCUGCUUGUUUGGCCAAUAUUGUAGUCUUCAUCGACCAGAUCACCGAACAUCUAGCAACGGCUGUCGUGGACACCAAGUAUCCUCCAGCUCUCAGAAACGCUUGUCGGGUUGGAUUGAAGAUUACAAAUAAGUAUUACAGUUUGACCGAUUCAUCUCCUCUUUACAGGAUUGCAAUCUUGCUGCACCCGUCAUUUCGCGAUGAGUACUUCAAGCUGGCUAAAUGGGAACCCAAAUGGAUUUCUGAAGCCAUUCGACUUGCUCGGGAAAUGUGGGUAUCUCAUUACAAGCCGCGGCCGAUCACUGCUCCCUCUGCUACACCAACUCCAAUCUCCAGGCCAGCAACAGGCAUGCUUGCUGGCCUCAGCAAUGCAGCAGCGGCCCGAGGCGGAAAUAGCCACUCCGAUGCGUUGGAUGUCUGGUUAGCAGGAGGACUCAUCCUGAACGGUAAUGAACCGGUGAAUCCCCUAAAGUGGUGGAUCCAGCAGAAGCGAGCUGGAAAUACCCAUGGCGGUCUGGUACAUAUGGCGCUUGAUGUUCUGGGAUGUCCAGGUGUGUGA